AUGCCUCUAGCUCUAUUUUUUUGCUUGCCCUCUUUUUCUAAGUCGUACAAAUUCUUUCCUUCUUUCUCUUUCAUUUUAGUUCUUACUGUCACUGUUUCUUAUUCACUAUCUCUUAUUGUCUUCCUCUUUCUUUAUUUUGUAUCUUUCCAUUUUCUUUUCUUCCCUUUCUCUCACACUCUGAUUUUUUCUUGUAUAUCUAAACACUUUCUUUUUCCUCUCUGUUACUCUCUCUCUAUCCAUCUCUUUCUUUCUUGUAUAUCUCAGCAUAUUUUUCCUUCUUCUCUUUACUUUCUGUUUUCUUUCUUUCUUUCUUUCUCUGAUUGUCUUCCUCUUCUUUUCUUGUAUAUCUUACUAUCUUUGUUUCUUUCCUCUCUCUUCUUUAUUUUACUGCUUCUCUCUCUCAUUGUCUUCCUCUUCCUUUCUUGUAUAUCUCAUCAUCUUUGCUGUCUUCCUCUCUUUUCUAUUAAUUCAGUUUGUCUUUCAUCUGUUCAUAUUGUUUUUCUCUACUUUCUAUUUUCCUUCCAUUUAUUCUCUAAACGCUCACUCUCUCUUUCAUAUCAAUUACCCUUUCAAUACUUUUUCUUUCUUUCUUUCUUUAUCUCACUUUUUUCUUUUUUUUUUCCAGUCACACUUUUCUCCUCCUGGUUUUCUCUUUUGUCUCUUCUUCUUUUGCAUCGAUGUCAGCUUGCAAAGAGAGAUAACUGUACAUUACCCAUUUGCCAUUAA